GCAGGCUGUAGUAACCUCACUGUGUCAGGGAGAGAGGGAGUGUGUGGACCUGCACACUCAGACCUGUCAUCUGCUGGAGCUUUAAACUCGGCUGGUUGUGUGGAUUUUCCUCUGACACUUCCUGGACGAGGAGUCAGUCAGUGUGUGUCUGUGUGUGUUUGUGUGUGUGUGUGUGUUUCACCUAAAGGACCCUGUUUUUAGAUCUGAGGGAAGUUUUUCUGUGUCACGGCUGAGUAUCACAGAGUAUCUGAGGUGAGACGCCGCAGUGUUCUUUUGUCCAUGGCGGCUGUUCGGUGGAGGCCGUCCGUCUUGUUCUGAGGUCACAGAUCAUCAUUUCACGAGUGUCCUGACUUCACAACAGUGCAUCAGUCUUCCAUUCAAGGAGCCCGGUGCUGCAGCGAGACAGAGAGGGGGAGAGAAAAAUAAACACAGGUUUAAAAAAAGACGCUCUUCAUGAAUUCCCCAAAACCCUGAAAGGCAGACAGUGUGAGUUGGCUGGCGGUCUUACAGGAGGCAAUGGGGUGGACAAUGACUAUGGCUCGGCUCUGUCUCCCAGCCUACACUGUGCUGCUGGUUGGCUGCUUUCAUACGGCUGUCACAGAAAAUGAUGUCACUCCACGCCUCACCUUCUCCUACAAUGCGAAGGAGAGGACGACCAGAAGUUUCUCAGUCGACGGGGUCUCCAACUACACCUCCCUCCUCCUCAGUAAAGAAGACAACACGCUGUACGUCGGCGCUCGGGAGAUCCUCUUCUCUCUCAACCUCUCUGAUAUCAGCGCAGUCAAGCUACAAAGAAACCUGACGUGGAUAACUCCGGAGAAGAAGAGAGAAGAAUGCGGUUUUAAAGGCAAAGACCUGCAAACGGAUUGUUUCAACUACAUCAAGAUUUUACUCCGUAUGAACAGCACUCAUCUGUACGUGUGUGGGACCUACGCCUUCAGCCCCAUCUGUGCUUACAUAAAUGCGGCCGACUUCUCCCUCGUCAAGUCUGACAGCGGUGAGAUCGUUGCAGAGGACGGACGAAGCCGCUGCCCGUUCAACCCUGAAUACAAGUCCACGGCCAUCAUGGCGGAUGGGGAGCUGUAUGCUGGGACAGUCAGUAGUUUCCAAGGAAAUGAACCCAUCAUUUACAAGAGUCUGAGCCAAGGAACAGCACUAAAAACAGAAAACUCCCUCAACUGGCUUCAAGACCCGGCCUUUGUUGGCUCUGCCUUCAUACAGGAGAGCCUGCCCGAGGGCAACCCGGUGGGCGACGAUGACAAGAUUUACUUCUUCUUCAGUGAAGCAGGAAAAGAGUUUGAUUUCUUUGACAACACCAUUGUGUCACGCAUUGCUCGCGUGUGUAAGGGCGACACUGGAGGGGAGAGAGUUCUGCAGAAGAAAUGGACGACUUUCCUCAAGGCUCAGCUCCUCUGUUCUCUGCCCGAUGAUGGAUUCCCCUUCAACAUAAUCCAGGACAUGUUUGUGUUGACGCCGAGCCCAGAUGACUGGAAGAACACUGUGUUUUAUGGAGUCUUCACAUCUCAGUGGUACAAAGGGGCCUCAGGAAGCUCUGCAGUCUGCUCCUUCACCAUGGAGCAGGUGGAAAAAGCGUUCGACGGACGAUACCGAGAGGUCAACAGAGAGACCCAGCAGUGGUACACAUACAACCACCCGGUCCCAGACCCUCGGCCUGGAGCGUGUAUCACCAACGCUGCCAGAGAGCAGGGCAUCUCCUCCUCGCUGCACAUGCCGGACAAGGUGCUCAAUUUCGUCAAAGACCACUUCCUGAUGGACAGCGUGAUCCGCAGCCAGCCUCUCCUGCUCAAACGUAACGUCCGCUACACGCAGAUCGCUGUCCAUCGAGUCCUGGUGGCGCACAAGGCCUAUAACGUGCUCUUCAUUGGCACAGAUGAUGGACGGCUCCAUAAAGCCAUUAACGUCAACAACAAGAUGCACAUCAUCGAGGAGAUGGUGCUCUUCCGUGAUUCCCAACCGGUGCAGCACAUUGAGCUGGAUACUGACAAGGGUCAGCUCUACGUUUCCUCUUUCUCUGAGCUGGUGGAGGUCCCAGUCGCCAACUGCACUAAUUACCAGAGCUGCGGAGAGUGCAUCCUCUCCAGGGAUCCUUACUGCGCCUGGAACGGGAGGCUGUGUCUGGAUGUCAGGCAGGCGUCAGCACGAAGUGUCUGGCAGCAGGAUGUGGAUGAGGCCGACACGUCAGCUAUUUGCAACAAGGCGGUGCCAAGCCCACGUUCUGCAAAACUUCCACCUACACGAACGCCUUCGUGCCAGGUGAUCAUUAUCCCAGCCAACACAUUCAAAGUACUGCCUUGCAAACUGCGCUCCAAUCUGGCUGAGCGGAGGUGGGAGUUCAGCGAGAGUGCAGGUCACUUCCAUUACCCCAGCCCAGACGGAGGCCUGGUGGUGGUAGCUCAAGCUGACAGGCAGGAAACCUACGAGUGCUGGUCGGUGGAGGAAAGCUUCAGGCAGCUGCUGGCGAACUACUGUGUGAGGGGCGAGGCCAAGCAAGAGAGCACCACCCUGAACGGCCGAUUGCACACGCCGCAGAUCUCCCAGGAGGAGUUCAUCAUCCUGCCGGGGAAGGCCCGCUUGCCGCAGAUGAACACCAAGACCUACUGGAACGAGCUGAUCGUGGUGUGUGCCCUCCUGGUGUUUUCCCUGGUCGUCUUCUUAUUGUUUGUGGUCUACAGGAACCGCAACCACAUGAAGUCCAUGCUCAAGGAGGGAGAGUGCCCCAACAUGCAGCAGAAGAAGCCCAGGAUAGUGGUGAAACCGGCCGAGAACUUGCCGCUCAACGGCAACACGGUCACGGCGUCGGUGUCAGACCACAAGGGCUACCAGACCCUUAAUGACAACUACAUUUGCAGCACUCCGCCGCACGAGUGCUCAUCGCCCGACAACAGCAAGGGCUUCUCCGAGUCGGAGAAGAAGCUCCUGAACUUGAAAGAGAGCCACGUAGAGAUUUCUCCCGCAUGCCCGCGACCUCGAGUCCGACUUGGCUCUGAGAUUAAAGACUCUAUAGUGUGAGGCUACAGCUUCGUGUUCAUGUGGAGAGACUCAUUUUAAACUGAAAGGAGAGAGUGCACUUGCUGAGAAAGACAAAACCCUACAAGAGGGGAAACAGACUCUUCAUGGAGAACACAUUUCAUUACACCGAUUUUGCACUUUGUCUUUUUUUUUUUUUGUUCUGUCCCUGUGGCCCAUGUACAUUUCAUUGUAUUUUUCGUCUCACAUGCAUUUUCUAGUGCAUUCAUAAGCGCACUGGAGAAGUUCCAGUUUGCCUUCAGACUUUUGAUGCUUUCACAUACGGCUCACGGGAAUGUACCGGGCGUAGCUGGAGCGUCACAACCACGAUUCAGAGACUGAACUUCUUAGCAUUGCCCCUCCAGUCCGUCCAUGUAAUCUAGAGGUGAUGCUUCGAAAGGCGGAGUGAUGUUCAGACGUGUUCCCACUAACAGCUGAUACAGUGUUUUCUGUUUUUGAUUUUCAUUCUGUCAUCUGGUUAGAGCCGACCCCCUGCUGAGGCUAUGCACUAUGUUCUGUACGGUAGCAAGUCAAACACCAGAAUACACACUAACAAGUCAGUGACAGGCAAGAAAGAAACAUAGGUGCCCUGUGAAAAAGUCUCCAUUAGCCCGUGUGUGUUCACCAUAGACUGUAUAUAAAGCUGGACGACAUGUCUACACUUCCUCCCGUUGUGCAAAAGCUAAAAUAUCCUGCACAUAGCUACCGCCAUCUUGCAUUUUGACAUAAUUUGGAGCCAGAGUCUUUGCAGUAGUGAUCGUGGUGUGAAGCCACAUUAUCGAGGUCCCUGCCGAUAAAUGCACUUGAAGUAAUUAGGACCAAACUUACCGGAAAAACAUGAGCACUUGAACAAACAUCAGUGUGAUGAGAACUACCUAAAAUGACAUCAACCAUCUUUGAGAAGAAAAAUAUUUUAUCUGUAUUUUGACUUUUCAGUGGCUUUUUUAAUCAACAUGGAUGAGGCCCAUUUGUCAACCUAUACUGCAGCCAGCCACCAGGGGGCUGUCAUGUCAUCCAUCUUUAUAUACAGUCUGUGGUCUGAACCAUACACUGUACAUAAAGAUGAACGACACGUCUCCACUUCCUCCCACCAUCCAGAAAGGAAGCCAAAAAAUCCCAGAUAUGAAAGAGGCCGUCUUGAUUAUUUGGAGCUAGAGUCUGCACAGUAGCAGAGUCCCGAACACGCGCUCGACCAAUUAUGAAUCAUUAUUCAUAAUUACCCCAUUUUAUAGCGUCAAAUAACAUAAAACCUAACUUACUGGUAACAUUAGCACUUGAACAAAGAGGAGGAUGGUUUACGACCUAUACUGCAACCUGCCACCAGGGGACAGAUCAAGAGGAUGUGGCUUCACUUUUGGGAAGCAGUCAUGUUGUCCAUUUUUAUAUAAAGUCUACGUUUCAGACACGUAUAUUCAUUGUUUUGUCUGAAA